AAAUUGUACUUAUAACUUGUGUGAAUAUCAACUUUUUUUUUUUUUGUUAUAACGUGUUAGUGGAGUGGAAGAAAGAAAGGCUUGCCUAUCUGCAAGCGGGUGCGUUUGUUUACUUCGCGACGAAGCGUUAACUAUUGUCCGACCAACACGUCUGCUGCGUCAGUGUUUGUGUUAAGUGAUUUGGAAGGACGAUAAGGACCGAUUCAAAGACGUGUGUCUAUGGCGUGCACGUACGAUUUUGAUGACGCUUGGUCACGCUACUGAAAUAGCUCGAGCUGUUUAUAACCGUGCGUCAUAAUACAUCUGGCACCGCGGCAUUCCAGAGCAAACAUGACAACUGCCAAAGGUCCUGGAUUGUACGAGUUCCUCAUCGAAGCGGAGCUUCAGCAAUACUAUGCCGGUAUCAAGAACGAUCUCAAGGUGCAGAAUGUGCCACAACUCAAGUACGUCACCGAAGAUGACCUGCACAGCAUCGGGAUGUCGCGGCCAGAAGUCCGGCGCCUCAACAAGUACUUCCAGAAGCACUUUCCACAGAACUACCUCUCCAAGCUCAAAAAGAUGAUCCUGCCGGGCAGCCGUCGGGGCGACGAGCAGCAGGUGGCGUCGAUGGUGGCGAUGCUGCCGGACGAGGGGCCCGACAAGCCGGCGGUGCGCGUCCCCAACAAGCACAUCAUCCCCGCAGAGGCCAUCAUCGUCAACAAGGAGCUCGGCUCUGGGGAGUUCGGCGUCGUGCAGCAGGGCGUCUGGACCAACGACGGCGAGAGGAUCCAGGUUGCCAUCAAGUGCCUUAGCCGUGAGAGGAUGCAGAACAACCCGAUUGAGUUCCUGAAGGAAGCCGGCAUCAUGCACUCCAUAGACCACGAGCACAUCGUUCGUCUCUACGGGGUGGUCCUCGACACGGGAGCUCUGAUGCUGGUGACGGAGCUGGCGCCGCUGCGCUCACUGCUGGAGUGCCUGAAGGAGCCAUCUCUGCGGCCCAGUUUCCCCGUGCUGACGCUCUGCGACUUCGCCGUGCAGAUCUGCGACGGCAUGCAGUACCUCGAGGCCAAGCGGCUCAUCCACAGGGACCUUGCAGCUCGUAACAUCCUAGUGUUCUCGAAGAACAAGGUGAAGAUUUCAGACUUCGGACUCUCGAGGGCGCUGGGUGUGGGAAAGGAUUACUACCAAACCAACUUCAAUGUCAACCUCAAGCUGCCUAUUGCAUGGUGCGCCCCAGAAUGCAUCAGCUACCUGCGCUUCACGUCCGCUUCGGACGUGUGGGCGUACGGCGUGACUCUGUGGGAGAUCUUCAGUUACGGCUUCCAGCCGUGGGCUGCGCUCACCGGCCAUCAGAUCCUCGAGGCCAUUGAUGAGCCAAAUUUCCAGCGCCUCGAACAGCCGGACUGCUGCCCGAAGGAGUACUUCAACGUGAUGCUCAAGUGCUGGCAGCACGACCCCGGCAAGCGGCCCAGGUUCGCCGACCUCAUGGAGCUGCUGCCCGAGUGCAAACCGGAGCAGGUGCAAGCCGUCCAAGACUGCUGCGAGGAGCCUGCAAAGGCCAAGAGGGAGCAGCUGCUGUACCGCGUGGGUGACGUCAUCACCGUGCUCGACAAGGGGCCGAUCCCGAAUGUGUCGGGCUGCUGGAAAGGUGUCCUGAACAGUGGCAAGACGGGCCUCUUCAACCCGGCGCACACGGUCGCCUACCUGGGCUCGAACCUGCCUGCAGCGCCCGGCGGAAAGCCCGGGGAGUUCGUCCGAGGAGACGGGAAGAACCCAUACUCGUCGCGUCGGAGGCUGCGCCCGGAGAUGAUAUCGCGGCCGCAGGGCGACCUGAAGCACACCGGCCACGUGGGGCUGGACGGCUCCUACUUCGGGGACAUGUCCUUCCUCGGCGGCAAGCAAUACCAGCACCUGCCGCACCAGGUGGUGGCGCCCUACAAACCGCAGGAGGACUCGGAGCCCGCGGGUCGGGCCCCGGGGCAGGACCAAUCGGACCGCGCACCACUGCUCAAGCCGGUCCCCCAGAAGAUGGCAGACUGUGACGUGGCGCCAAAGAGCAAGGUGCAGCUGGUGACGGACCACGAGUACCACGAGAUCAGUGAUGAAGAGAGCCUGCCACCACCGGCCGACAGCCCCUGCUUUGAGAAGUCGUUUGACCUCGGGCCGAGCCUGCUGGACGAGAUGGAGUCGAUGAUCCGCGGACUCGGCAGCUCCGGUUCUGGCGCCGGCUCUGGCGCGUCCACGCCGCCCCCGCCCUCCCCACUGGACGAGACGACCAACGUCCGCAACGAGCUGCGCGAGAUCGCCGCCAAGGUCACGUCGACCACCGGCCGCAAGAAGCAGGCUACGGUGAAGCCCAUCUCGGCAUCGGACGAGAAGACUCUGGACAGUGCGAUCGCGAUGGCGCACGAGCUCGCCGCGCGCUCCAUGUCGGAGCUGGACAGCGGCGGGGGGAGUCCACCGGAGUCACCCCACACUCCAGCCGGAGGGCGACGCAAAUUUUCGUUCCGCUUCCCUGCCCCUUCUGCCUCCUCUCUGUCCGGUGGCGGCGGGGGUGACGGCGGCGGUACCGGCACGACGGGGCGUGGCCGCCGUCACGAGGUGCGGCGCACCUUCUCCGAGGAGGCGGCGUCCAUCCCGGACAUUCAGACUCUGAUGUCCACCAGUGUGAGUUGCACACCACCACCGAGCCCUGCCCACGAUAUACCGUUUGCAACGGUGGCCCUCUGGUCUAAAGCCUCCACAGAGUUCUGUUUUGCGAGAUGUCGCGAACUGCUCGAGACGACCCCGCGUGCGGACGGCGGUCUCGCAAGUUCGCCGUCUGCCGCUUUGCGACUGGGGGACGGAGAGACGGGUGGCGGUACCGAGUCGCCGGACGGGACUGACGGUGGCGGAGCGACGUGUCGGGAGCAGUUUGAUAAAUCUGGGGCCGGACGUGCAGUGGGAGGGAGUGGAAGUGGCAGCCGCAAUUCGGCAGACUGCACCGAGUACGUACGAGCUCGGACGAAAUACGGGCUGCCGACGCCUCCCGCGUUCCAGCCCCGCCGUGCGAAAUCUGUGACGCGGGGACCACUUGCCGACUUUUCUGAUUCUGGUGGAAGUAAAGAAGUUUUAAACGGUUACGGCACGUUUUCUAGAGACUGUGAGAGGCCACCGAGUAAACAAAUUGCGAGGAAGUGUUCGGGUCACUCUGGUGUCAAACUUUCUCACGAGAACUCAGUUUUUGAGCUAAAGAGUACGGGAGCCGGCAGUCUCGACUCCCCGUGUGCCGACAGACGGAAGGAAAUCUCUGCCGAGGUGGAGAACUCCAGGAAAGCCGUGUCGGCCGGAAACAGUCCUCGGAGACUGAAGUUCCCCGUAUCUGCGAAGCCUGCGACGUCCGUGUCGGCUGACCACUCGCUGAGAAGUCUAGCGGUGGUGGACAAUUUUGGUAAGCUUGACGUACGGGCUGAGCAGAAAGGACAGGUGAUAGGCAGGGUGGCAGACAGCAGAAGAAGUGGACAUUCCACAGAGCUGCCGGGGAAACAGUACGUGAGAAAUGUGAUGUCAAACCUCGGCAGUAAGCUGCCGUUCGCUAAAAGCUGGCAGCAGCAAAAGCUCACCAGGAGCCAACCGGAGGUAUCUACCGGUGCGGUCGACGUGCCGGGAAGAAAUUUCGGUUUGCGCGGUGCGAGGAGGAGGAGGAGCAGUGUCGUGGGUGCCGAAAUGUCUCGAAGUACGGAGAGUGCCGACCGUAGAGGAGCUUCCGGAGGGAACUGCACCCCCUGGGAAGUCCGUCCUUCCGAAUCGGGGCUGCAGAGGUGUAGCGAGGACGGGCUGCUCGGCAGAGCGAGGAGUCACUCCUCACCGUUCGAUACUAAUUCGUGCGGCCAACGUAUUCGUACGAGAGACACCCGGCUGGCCUCGGUCGAAUGUGGUGCGUACGGAGAGCGUCACACGAGAAACUGGGACGGGGCAUUUGAAAGACAAAUUCACGGCGGUGCACGAGAACCUUUUGACGCACCACAUCUGUCGGGAGGCUGCCGAGAUGUGGGCAAUUACGUAAGUUCGGGAAUUCUCGACGGAUUGUACUGGCCGAAGCUAGCCGUGGGCUAUUCGUGUGACGAUCGGUGCGAAACGUCGCUCGGUGUGAGAAACUGUGGCCAGAGCUCCUUGCGUGAGGAGUCGACUUCCUACAGCGUUCAGUGCCAACCGGUGAGCGAGUUCUCUCAGGGUACACAAACGGAGGGACACGACCGGAACGACAGCUCCCUCUUCCGCACGUAUUCUAAAGUGAACGAGGCUUCCGAAGCAAAUGCUUCUCCGAUUGCCAAUAACAGCCUUACUCAGGUGUUUUCAGAAAGAGUUGUCCGUGUACCGGGAGCUGCCAACACCCUAGUAUUCAGUAGUUAUCACAGUGACACAGCAGAUUGUGGUAGGUAUCUGGGAAAUUCGGCUUCACCGAUGCGAGACGGUACCUCACUGGGAACUACUUGCGAAAUUAGUUCCCCGGAAAGUUUAAUUAGCGGAAUACCGAAGAGUUUUCCCAGAGGGAGAGGAAGAGAGAGGAGAGAGACCGGUAGUGGAAGCAGGAGAGUGGUCCCACCGCUGGGCUCGGAGUUUCCCCACCCGCCUUCCACCACCUCGUCCUCGUCGUCGUCUUCCUCCUCCUCGUGGGACGGCUCGGAGCCUUGGGACCUGACCCCGUACCUGCGACGCGUCCCCACCGUCCCGGCAGCACUGUCGGACGUCGCAGUUGCAGUGAGGCACGUCCCAGAGAGGCCCUCUUCGUCGUCCACGCUCUCCCUGACCACCACGGGCUCUUCCACGUCGCAGCCGCAGCCACUGCCGGCGCCCAGGGCCCUCGGAGCACCGCCUCCGCCCCCGGCGCAGGGGAGACCUCGUAGCAGGGAGUUGCAGACUGGCUCGGAGGACGAGGGACCGUCGCCGAGCCCGACGUCCAGCGACGGAGCCAACCCGAUCCCGCUCCCACCGCGCGACCGUUCGCGGCCUCCCGCGCCUUCCAAGCCGCGCCACCAGCGGAAGCACCCGCUCAUCAUCCCCGGCGGGGGCGUGUCGCGGACGCUGGCACGCCUCGGCAGUGUAGACUCCGACGAGGGGGCGGACGAUCGCGACCGACUGUCGCCGCAGCUACAACGGCGGGGUCACUCGCCGCCCCCGCGGCUCGACGAAGCGGAGGAGGAGGAGGGCGGUGACACGUCGGAGCAACCUCGUAACGGGCAGGUGGCGACAGAGACGACGGCCGACGCUGAUAGGACGGGCAGCCCCUGUGACGGGGACGACAGCUUCGAGAGGCACAUUGCGGACGAGCUGGAGGCGCUGGACGCGAUGGAGGAGGAGCCGGGGGUGGGCGCGGGAGCGGGCCCACGGCCGGACGGCCACGCCGUCUCGUGCGAGGACCUGCUGGAGUUCGCGUCGCCGCGGACGGCGGGCCCGAGGCGCGGCGCCGACUCCGACGAAGUCCGUAUCAUGCGGAAAGUCCUCGGCCCCGAGGCCGCGGGCCCGGCGGAGCUGUGCGUGUCGGCGCUGGAGGCGGCGGGCUGGGACGUGCACCGCGCCAUCAAGCUGCGCCGCCUGCACGCGCUGCUCCUGCACCACCGCGGGGGCGGCGGCGAGGGGGAGGGAAAAUUGUGUGCCAAGUUACAGAACAAAGCAGUGCUCGAGCAUAUGCAUUUCGACUACCAGAAUCUUUUGGGCUCCAACAAAUGUGUGUAUGUGAAUGGCCUCGAUUGCUCUGAGUGA